AUGACUCAUUUCUCAAGGCAAGAAUAUCCUUACCAUUUUAUCUCUCCGUUAGUAUCACUCAUUUAUUUACCUUACCAAUGUUGUCCCUACCUUAACCUCGAGGAAUCGAAAACCGAGAUUUUCGAUGAUCUUCCGCUAUUCAGACCGUUCAUCGAUACCUUUAAAUUUCAUCAAAUGGUUGUAACCUUCCAUUUUCACAAACUUUCUCAAAUAAUAGAAGAUGAAAAAAAUUUCAGAGGAAAUAGGAUCUCUUUCAACUAUUGGAAAAUAACCUAUCCAUUCUUUGUAUUUCCGCUAUGCAUCAUUCUUCUUUUUCUACCCAGCGUCUUAUUUAGCAUGUUUUUGGUUUUCCCUGUUACCUUCUCAUACCUCACUAACAUAUACUCCAAUAGUGCUAGGAGUUCACAUGAUAACUUUGAUGUUGUCUUCAAUGUCUUAUCAUUUCCUGUGUAUCUUCCUAGUUUGUUGGCCUUUUCUUUUGCACGUUCACUUCUGAUUCUGUUUUACUUCUUGGGAGUGAUUCUUGUCUGUUCCGCUCUCAUCGUUAUCAUAGCCAUACGCCGUUCCCUAAAUGAUGCGUAUCAGGCGGGCUUGAAAAUUCUGAUGUUGAUUCCAGAAGAUGUUUACGAAAACGCGGGAGAUCUGUACGGCUUUUUUGGUUGGUGUCGUGAAUUGUGUGGUGAAUUGAGAACAAACAAAGAUGUUUGA